AUGGUCUCCCCGGAAAACACCAACUGGCUCUUUGAUUAUGGACUGAUCGACGACACCCCUGUACUGGAUGGGAACUUCCCUGUCUCCUCCUCCGGCUUCACUUGGCCCGUUCAGCCCCUCGCCGGCCCCUCUAGCGUCAGUGUUGAAAUUGAUGGCUCAUUGGGGGAUGCCGAGGGAGUUAAGGAAUCUGGCUCAAAAAAGAGGGUCAGAACUGAAUCAUGCAGUGGAUCUAGUUCCAAGGCGUGCAGGGAGAAGUUGCGAAGGGAUAGGCUAAACGACAAGUUUCUGGAAUUGGGCUCUAUAUUGGAGCCUGGAAGACCCCCCAAGACGGACAAGGCUGCUAUAUUGGUGGAUGCUGUCCGAAUGGUGAAUCAGUUACGCGGUGAAGCCCAAAAGUUGAAGGACUCAAAUUCAAGCCUCCAGGAGAAGAUCAAGGAAUUGAAGGCAGAGAAGAAUGAACUUCGUGAUGAGAAGCAGAGGUUGAAGUUAGAGAAAGAGAAGUUGGAGCAGCAACUGAAGGCCAUGAAUGCACAGCCAGGCUUCUUGCCUCCCCCUCCUGCAAUUCCUGCUGCAUUUGCUGCCCAAGGCCAAGCUCACGGCAACAAGCUGGUGCCUUUCAUUGGAUACCCUGGGGUUGCCAUGUGGCAGUUCAUGCCACCUGCCUCAGUGGAUACUUCGCAGGAUCAUGUACUCCGCCCACCAGUUGCUUAA